AUGACCGAAACAGGACAAAUCCAAAAGUUCAAACUUGUCAUUGUGGGCGAGCAGAGUGUGGGAAAAACGUCGCUGAUCACGCGAAUCAUGUACGACAAGUUUGACCAGAACUACGAGGCAACCAUCGGCAUCCAGUUUCUGUCCAAACCCAUGUAUCUGCCCGAUCGAACCAUCCGGCUGCAGUUAUGGGACACUGCGGGCCAGGAGCGGUUCCGAUCUCUGGUGCCAGCAUACAUCCGAGAUAGUCACAUUGCCAUUGUUGUGUACGCCAUCGACUCGCGCAAGUCGUUUGUGGACGUGGACAAGUGGAUUGAGGACGUCAAGGCCGAGCGAGGAAAUCAAGUGGUGCUCAUGCUAGUUGGAAACAAGAGCGAUCUGGAGGAGUCACGAGAGGUGACGACCGAGGAGGGACAGGAAAAGGCCAAGCAGUACGACGCGCUGUUUCUGGAGACGUCGGCCAAGGCUGGCCACAAUGUCAAGUCGAUUCUCAACAAGGUGGCGUCCGAGCUGCCCGGUCUCGAGACGGCUCUCAAGACCGACCAGAGCGAGCUGAUUGACGUGAAUAUUACAAACGAGCCUGAGCAGGACAGCUGCUCGUGUUAG